UGAUAAGAAGACAUUGAGAUAAUGAAAGUUACUGGAAUAUCAAUUACUUGUGUUUCACUUUUCAUAGGAGUAGCUCUUAGCGCUGACAUUAGGUGCUACACGUGCUCCCACGCUCCCGCUGGAGCCAACUCACCCGGGUUUGAAUGCAUAAACAACCCUGAAAAGUAUACGCUGGGUCCUAACACCGGCAUAUGCAAUCUUCCUUGCUCAGUUACUAACCAGUCGAUAAACGGACAAUUAUGGUACGUAACAAGAGGGUGCCAAAUGGAACCCCCGGGUGAUUCAACGACGAAUGGGGUAGACAAAACGGUAACAAUAUGCAACAAGGAACUGUGCAACGAUCGACCUGUUGGCAACAAACCGAUUAAUACCACACCAGCUGGUACUACCACUACCACUACUGAACCGCCUGGAACUAUAUGGUGUUACUCAUGUGUCUACUCCUACAACGGCCCAGGCUCGGACGACAGGUGCGUUAGGGCACCCAAUCAAGUUCCUUCACCCAACUUAGUUCGAUGUCCUCCUUCUAGAAAGUGCUCUACUUAUAGGCAGUAUGAUAAAGGCGAGAAAGUGGUCAGGAGCUUCCGGCGCGGGUGUGACCCGGUCACGUGGCAGGGAUGUACCGAUGAUAUCUAUUUCAAAACGUGCCAACAGUUCUGCCAGGGCGACUACUGCAACAAUGGCGAUUUGUCGUAAACAAGGAAAGAAUAACAAAUAAGGAAAGCCGACAAGGAAAGAAUAACAAAUGUGGAAAUAUAAUAAUAAAUUCUAUUUAGAGAUAAACUUCU